CCGCCUGACUAGCUGGGCGGGCCUUGUUCAGGAGGCAGGCCUAUGGGCGGACCCAGGCAGUUUCACUUCCUGAGCCACUGCCGCCAGCAGCAGAACCAACAGUGCCUUGCUGCCUGCUUCUCGGCUCAGCAUGGGCUCACAGGCCCUGCCCCACGGUCCCAUGCAGACCCUCAUCUUCUUGGACCUGGAAGCCACUGGCCUGCCCUUCUCUCAGCCCAAGGUUACAGAGCUGUGCCUGCUGGCUGUCCACAGAUAUGCCCUGGAGAACACCUCCAUCUCUAGGGGGCAGCCACCUCCAGUGCCCAGACCACCCCGUGUGCUGGACAAGCUCUCUCUGUGCAUUGCUCCAGGGAAAGCCUGUAGCCCUGCAGCCAGUGAGAUCACAGGGCUGAGCACAGCUGAGCUGGAAGUAAAUGGGCGUCAAUGCUUCGACGACAACUUGGCCGACCUGCUCCAAGCCUUCCUGCAGCGCCAGCCACAGCCCUGCUGCCUUGUGGCACACAAUGGUGACCGCUAUGACUUUCCCCUGCUCCAGGCGGAGCUUGCUAUGCUGAGCACUAGCAGUCCUCUAGAUGGUACCUUCUGUGUGGAUAGCAUUGCUGCCCUAAAGGCCUUGGAACAACCUAGCAGCCCCUCAGAGCAUGGUCCAAGGAAGAGCUACAGCCUGGGCAGCAUCUAUACGCGCCUGUAUGGGCAAGCACCAAUGGACUCGCAUACUGCUGAAGGUGACGUUCUAGCCCUGCUCAGCAUCUGUCAGUGGAAGCCACGGGCCCUGCUGCAGUGGGUAGACAAACAUGCCCGGCCCUUGAGCACCGUCAAGCCCAUGUAUGAUACUGUAGCCACUGCUAGACCAGCCAGCCCAAGGCCACAUGCCGCCACAGCCACUACAUCCUUGGCCACAACCAACACAAGUCCCAGCCACCGCAGGAGCAGGCGACCCAAGAAUCUUCCUCCAGCAAAGGCCGCAGAAGCCCCAUCCCAGGAGUUGCUGGCCCCACUGGGCCUGCUGGCCUUCCUGACCUUGGCAGUAGCCAUACUGUAUGGACUCUUCUUGGCCUCACCUGGGCAGUAAGCCAAGAAGGAAAAUCUGACCAAUAAAGAACCCCCCAGCACUGACUGGUACUUGCUGCCUCCACUUCUUCAUAGCCUGGGCCUCUGCCCAUACUCAGGACUCUGGGGACGAGGCACAGUCCCUGCCCCUUGCUCUCUUAGCAGGAUAAUCAAACCUGCUAGGCUAAUAAAAGUAGGGGAAAAACAAGUUCAAGAGGUAGACAGAAACAGUAUUUGGUGUAUAGCCAAGGCUAGCAGCCCAGGCUCUGAAGAAAGAGGAACUGGGUCCAAAUAUUUGCAUUUAUUAUAAACGAGGGUGCAGAGCCUGGAUGCUCAGAACCACACCAAUAGACACAAAGCGAGGACAGCUGGAAGAACGUCAACCGACAGGGACACCGAGGUGAGGUAUUCAUGUCUGAGCCAGAGCUACCACCUUUGCCUUCCACCCCCACCUGUGGUCCAGAUAGUCCCUUGGCCCUGGUGUCCCUGCGGCCAGGACUGGACUGCUAUACAGGACUCAGGUAUCCUAUGAGGCUGGUGUCAAGAGAAAUGGACUAUCAGAGGUCAGGUUAUCCUCCAGGAACCAAGGAUUUCAAUCUCACACCAACUAACACACAUCUGGAGACAGAAAAGAGGCAAAAUGUUUGGCUAAAAGUAAAACAAGACACUGCAGGGAGAACCAGGAGCGUGUGGUGGACAGAGGCCCCUUGCGAGUGGCAGGAGCCAGGCCAGCAAAGCGGAAGAGCUUCCCCA